AGGGAAGUUGCACCGCUAAUCGGCCUGAAUCUGGAUAGCCUCUAGUGCUAAAUAGGGCCGAUCCGAUCCGGGUCGGAACCGGUAAGCAGUAUUGUAAAUUCAGUGGUUCUAGAAAGUCGAGCGAGGAGAGAGCGGCGAGGGGAUCAUGUUUGGGGCUGAAGAGGACGAUGGGGAUUUUCUGUCUCCCUCGGGAGGGGCGAAACUGGCCUCUCUCUUCGGACUGGACAAAGCUACCGCUCAGGGGAAUGAGUCCUUCCAGUACACAGCCCCGAAACAGCCCAAGAAAGGAUCCGCCAGCACAGCCACGCCCUCCCAGAAGUCAACCCCGCCUCCCGGUGUUCCUGCUGUCCUAUUGGCCACCGUGGUCCACGCCUACCGAUAUGUGAACGGACAGUACACGAAACAGGGGAAGCUGGGAGCUGCGUUGCUGGGGAGCCACACGUCCAGGGAGUACAAGAUCCUGCUGUACGCGAGUCAGCAGAAGCAGGUGACGACAGCCAGGAUCCACCCAGGAUUCCUCUUCACGGUCCAGCCCAGCAACUACGGCACCUUCUACGAUGACCAGCGGCAGAACUGGUCAGUCAUGUUCGAGUCGGAGAAGGCAGCGGUGGAUUUCUGUAAAGAGGUGUGCAUGGCGAAGUGGAACAGCGCCCCCUCUCUGGAGUCAGUGGUAACGCAGGACCUGGUGCUGGGGGAGGGUCAGGCUGUGGAGCGUGGGGACUCGCUGGAGGUGUCCUACACUGGCUGGCUGCUGCAGAACCACACCAUUGGCCAGGUGUUUGACUCCAACGUGAACAAAGAGAAGCUCUUGCGACUCAAGCUGGGAGCUGGGAAAGUGAUCAAGGGCUGGGAAGAGGGCAUGGUUGGGAUGAGGAAGGGGGGCCGGCGGCUGCUCGUGGUGCCCCCCAGCCUGGCGUAUGGAGCACAGGGGGUUUCAAACUGCAUCCCCGGGGACAGCACCCUCAUCUUCGAGGCAGAGAUCCGCAGGGUGAAGUUCGUGAAGGACGCCGGACUGGACCAGCUCAGUUUGGGCUCUCAGGACUCUGCAGCCUCCUCCCCUGCUCCGAGCAUCGAGAGCCUGGGUUACGAACUGCCAGGACAGCCCCCUGCCAGCGCUGCACCUCUCAAACCCGGGGAUCCUCCUACCCGUGCAAAAUCCAACUCCCUGAAUGAGCAGCAGGCGCAGAACCCAGACCACACCAAGGCUAAGCUGAUCUCCCGCAUGGCCAAGAUGGGUCAGCCGAUGCUCCCCUUCAUCACGGGGGCCCUGUCCUCCCAGCCGGACUCCAGCGACUCUGAGAUAGAGGACCCCAGUGUGCCCAGAAUGAGGAACCAGCCCCCUGCUGUAGCCCCGCAGCCUGUCCAUAUGGCAGCCCACCCAGUUGCCACGCAAGGUCUACCAUUUCGCCCCAUAGUGCCUCAGCAGCUCCAAUCUGGGCUCCCAGCAUCCUCUACUGCCCUGCUGCCCGUUUCCAUGACCACCGCACAUCCCCAGCCAGUCAUGCCAGGCUCUGCCCACGCGUUCCAGCCCUACUCUUACCCGCAGACCACUGUGUCCACCUCCCAGCUUCAGCCAGUCGGACAGAUGUACCCAGCUCAGCCGAUGCCUUACCAAGCGUCCGGGGAAGUCACAUCCUUCCUGAUGACCGAGGCACGACAGCACAACACCGAGAUCCGAUUGGCUGUUGGAAAGGUUGCCGAUAAGGUCGACCAGUUAGCUUCCAAGGUUGAUGACCUGCAGAAGCAGGGAGGGGCCUCUCUGGGACUGUCCUCCGUCUCCAUGGAAACAGCCAUGAUCAUGCACAACAUCCAGAGGAUCAUCCAGGAGAACGAGCGUCUGAAGCAGGACGUGUUCGACAAGAGCUCCCGACUCGAGGAGCAGAACAAGAAGAUCAGCGAGCUUAUCAACCAGAACCAGAGGUAUGUGGAGCAGAGUAACCAGCUGCUGGAGCAGAGGAACGACUCCCUAAAAUCAACCGGCGAGCAGACCCAGGCCAGAGUGCUGCAGGCCGAGCAGGACAAGCAUGCACUGCCACUGGAGAGGGGGUGGGACCAGGUGAAGGUUACAGAGGAGCUCUCUGCCUGCACAGCCCGAGUCUCCCAGCUGCAGCUCCAGCUGUCCGAGCAUCAGAAGAAGGAGAUGGGGCUGCGGACUCAACUGAGCACCGCCCUGCAGGAUGCUGAGAGGCAGGGGAGCCAGACCAGCACCCUACAGGCUCAGCUCGCAGAGCUGAGGGAGGUGUCGGAGAGCGCUCAGUCUCAGUACCGUACGGAGAAGCAGAGCCGCAAGCAGCUGCAGCUCCGAGUGAGCGGACUGGAGGAGGAGCUGGGAGACCUGCGGACUGAGAAAGAGGGGCUGGAGAAGACCCUGGCGGACAGGAAGAGGAAGUGGGCCCUGGAGAGGCAGCGCUAUGAGGAGGAGGCGGAGGAGCUGCGCAGGUCCAGCCAGCAGGAGAUGGAGAGCGUGAGAGCGCAGCUGAAGAGAGCCAGGAACAGCACUGACCAGGCGGCCGCUGAGCAGCUGGCCCUGCUCCAGGCUGAGCUGGAGGCGGAGUGGCAGGGGAAGUGUGAUCGCUCACUGGCCGCAGUGAAGGAGCAGCACUCCCGGGAGCUGGCCUCGGUGACGGAGCAGAGAGACAGCCUGCAGGAGAGAGUGGCUCAGCUCCAGGGCAAGCUGUCUGCGCUGAAGCAGUCCCGUGAAGCCGAAGAGCAGAGGCUAAUGCAGCAACAAGAGCAGGGAGAGGAGCUGCAGGCACUGAGGGGGCAGUAUUCUGUCCUGCAGCAGCGCGCAGGGCUGAUGAAGCAGCAGUUGGAAGCCCGGGUUCGAGAGCUGGAGAGCAGGGAGGUGGAGCAGCCCGGCACUGGGAGGGAUGAGGACACUGCCGGGGAGGUGAAGCGGGUGAUGAACGGGGUGUUCCAGUCUCUCCGAGGGGAGUUUGAUCUGCAGGAGUCCUACACUGGGAAAGCAGUGCUGGCUGUCAUUGUCAACACCAUCAAGACGGUGACGCUGCAGCUCCUGACUCAGCAGCAGGACUCUGUCUCGGGGAGGAGCGAGAGCGAGGAAGAGGAGGAGCAGGAAGAGGAGGAGCCAGAGCAGGAAGCAGCGUCUCGGGGGAAUGGGUUGGAACCAGAAGCGUACCUGGAAGAGGAGGGGCUGAAGCAGGAAGUGCACGAGAUUAAACAGGAAGUAAAGCCUGAGCAGGUGGCGAAGGUGGGUGAAGCCAAACAGGAAGUGCAGGUAGAGGAGGAAGAAAAGGAAGAAGCCACAGCAGGAAGGGCAGCCAAAGAGGAUGUGGAAUCUGAAGAGGAGCCCCCUCAGCUUCCUGUUCCUGUGAUGAGCUCAGGGGGCGGGCUAGCUGAAGGGCAAGGCGCUGUUAGGCUGGAGGAAGCCCAGUCAGAGGAGGGAGCGACAGCCAGAGAGAGCCCAGGGGCUGAAGUGGCCGAGUCUGGGGAGAAGAUUGCAGUCUCGCUUCCUACUGGUGAACCAGAACAAGUGGCUAGUCCUCUGUGGCAGGAGGGAGAGACGGAGAGGGCCUCCACUCCCCCCUCCUCCCCGCUCGCUGUCACACAGGGCCCCCCUCGCCACCCACCACCACUGCCAGACCUCGACGAGCGUCCUGAGACAGAGUGGGGCAGCAGGGGGUACCCACACUCUGCACCUAGCCAGCAGCAGAGCAAGGACAGACCCAGGAUUCCCGAGGGCCGCGGUGAGGGUGAUGAAGACCUCUUCCGCAGCGCCGCCCCGACCAAGCCACCACCGCCCCCGGAGGAGGAGGAAGACGAGCUGAGUCUGAAGGGCCGCCCCCCUCCCGCGCCUCUCUUUGGGGAGGAUGAGGACGACGAUGAUCUCGAUUGGCUGGGCUGAGCCAACAGGAAGGGAUGCAGCAGGCAUGGUCGUGUGACUCCACCAUGCGAUUUAACAGCCAUUUCCUGUUUCUGGAGUCAUGUGAUUAAUUAACAAGCAAGUCAAACACACACAGGAGUCUAGACCUCCACAUGCCUUUAAAAUAUAGAAGUCACAUUUAUACUGCAGGCUACCCACACAACACAGCAAGAGUUAGGAGUCGGUUCUGUCAGUCAUAGAACCUGGAACUGAACUGCUAGCGGCUCACUGAGCUCUGCAUGGGAACCCUGCGCCAUGCAAACCAGGUUGCAAAUCAGUUUUAAACCAGCCUGGGAACAGUGUGAAGUCUGCUGGAGCCGGCCUGCUGUGGAAGUCAAUGAGACUGGACUGGUUUGUUUUUCAGAUCUGAGAUAAACCAGGUGACCAAUCAGCUGCCUGUCCAGUAACUAGACAUUAAAACGAUUAACGCUAAAUCCAUUAAAA